AUGAGGGAGGUGGCGUUGUCUGCCGUGAUUGGAUGGGGAUGUGGCGGUGGAAUAGAGGUGGGGCGAGGCGGCGUUCGGCCGUGGCUGCGUGCGGCAUGGGCGUCUCUUCAGGCAGAUUUAGUUCGCCUUAUCGGGUCGAGGGUGCUAGCGGGCGAUUUGAUGGACUACAUCCGCUUCAGGGCCGUUUGCCCCCACUGGCGAUCUAGCUCGGAUCGUCCACGCGGCCGCGGCGUCAUCGACCCGCGCUUUCACCCUCGCCGGUGGAUGAUGCUGCCCGAGGGCCACGGCCUCUACCCCGGUCACGGCAAGCUACGUGGUUACAUCCGCUUCUUCAACCUCUCCACAGGCGUCAUCGUCCGCGUCCUCGCUCCCGCUUUCAGGAACCACCGCAUCCUCGACUCGGCCGAUGGCCUCCUCCUCCUUCGGCGGGACGAAGACACCGUCAUCCGUCUCCUCCACCCCUUCACCGGUGACAUUGUAGACCUCCCGCCACUCGCCACCCUCAUGCGUCUUCCUCGGAGCCAAUCUGAAUGUGACAAGGACUUGGACAUUUUCCAGAUCGACCCACCGCAGCAUGACGGGACAGGCUCAGCUUCGUCCUCAACGCCAUCGCAGAAGUUGAUUGCCACAUGCCCGGCCGGCAAGAUGCCUGUCCCUCAAUACCUCGCAGAAUGCGACUCGGAAGUCCUGGUCAUAGGGUAUAGAGACGGAUUCUUUACACACCCUUUAGUUUACAGACUGUCUGACCUUAUCCUUGUCGUGGUUGCACCGGUAACUAGUAUCGGAGGCAAUGUUCUGUUCAUUGAUGAAAGGAUUCUAAGUGUCAGCUCUGAGACAGUGCCUAGCAUUGUGGGUGACAGCAUCGUAGCUAUUCACCCCGCAGACCUGAACAAAGGAACAAUUAGUUAUCAGCAUAAGAAUCAGAAUAAUUGGAAGGUGAAGAGCAAGUGGCGCCUGGGGCUAGGUCAUUAA